GGCACGAGAUGGUCAGUAGGGAGACUAGCCCCUGCCUGGCUCGGAGCAAUGAGGGCAGCCAGGAGAAAGCCAUGACCGUACGCUCGGUGCUGCUCAACCGCGACUCGCCCAACAUCGAGACCCGCCUCAAGCACCGACGCAACCGCCCCCAGCAGGUACGCUUCAAGGACCUGCUGGAUGGCAACCCUGGGGAGGAGGUGAGCCCCCCGCAGGAGCCAACAGCCACACCUGACACCAACACCCCAUGUGCCUCGACGCCUGCCAGGGAGUCCCCUGAGCUGGUGGCAAGCUGUGCCUCGGACGCCCAGUGGGGCUGGCACCAGGCCAAGCCGUGCUCACUGACGCUGCCUGUGCCCAGCAAGGUGUGUCUGAGCACGGCCAUCCAGACCUCCCCCAGCCUCCAGCAGCAAUUCCCAGCCUCCCGUGUCCGCAGCAAGAGCGCCUGCGACUUCGCCCAGCAGGAGGUGCUGGCCGCAGCCUGGGAGCCCAGCAAGAGCCAGACAGGCUGCUGGGGCCCAGCCAGGGCUCCCGCCUCCACCAGAGCCAGCGGGGAUCUCCCCCACUGCAUCCUCACCAGCCUUUCUGCACACAACCACCUCCCUGCCUCCCCCCUCGCCCAGCACACCAGCAGAGAGGGGCAGCCAGGCCCCACUCCACAUGCCACUUUGUGCCACGGGUUGACUCCACCGCCCAGGGCUCCUUGCCCACCUUAUCCAGGGACCAUCAGGUGUACCGCUGCCAACUAUACCUCCCAGCAAAAGGGCUGCCCACCAGCACCCAGCCCCGGCCUCUGCUCCUCCCAGCCCCCUGCAUACACCAGGAACUGUGGGAGCCCUAAGGACAGCCAUGAUGCCCCUGCUCCAUGUCCCCUGCGCCCUCCCUCUGUGCCAUGUGGACAGCCUGGGCCACCAGCAGAGCCACGGCCUCAAAGCAGGAGCCAGUCUGAGCAGGACCUGCCAUCCCAGCCUGCUCAUAACCACGUGGCUGGCAGCCAUGGGCUCGGCCAACCAGCUCAGUGUCCCUCCCAAAGAGGGCCCACUGCUGCCCUGCAGCAGCAACACAGCUCGUCCUGGGCCAGCCCCAGCUGCCUCCCUUCAAACCACAUCCCCAGCACAGUCCUGCCACCACCAAGCCUGCCCAGUACUACAGCCACCAUGCUGAAGAAGACACCAGCCACCCUCAGCCACCAGGCUCCCAGCAGUGGAUGGGCCCAAUCUGUGGCUGCAAGGCCCAGCGUCUGCAGCCAGCUGAAGGCCACCCAGACCGAGUGUGGCCUCAUGAACUUGGAGGAGCCUCAGCAACUGACCUCCACAUCCAGCCAAGGGCACCCCCCAAGGACACAGCAAUUCACCCGGACUCCAGGGGCCCCCUGGAGCAACGAGCCGCUGGGUGAGCCCUGUCUGACGGCCAAGCAGCUGGAGACUCUGCACCAGGUUCAGGACCUUCUGCAAUUGGUGGUUGCAGCCAAAGGGCAAGUGGGUCUGUCCAAGGGGGAUGAGCAUUUCCUAACAUCUCGGGGACAUGUGGGUGUGGGGCCUGGGCAAAUGGGGGACCUACAGUCACAGCUGCAGUCCCUGGAAGGGGUGCUGGAGACCAGCCAACAAACCAUCAAGAUGCUGCUGGAUGUCAUCCAGGACCUGGAGAAGAAGGAGGCCCAGCGGGAUGGGCGACACUCAUACCGGACAGGGCAGGAUAUCGCCAACUGUGGGACCUGCCGGGAUUGCGCCUGCAUAAUCUACAGCGUGGAACAUGAUUUUCGGCAGCAGGAAGGCCGCUUCCAGUGGGUGCUGAGCAGCAUUGAGAGUGAGUCAAGGCAAAGCUCCCCCACGACAGCCGAGGCCACUACACCAACUCGGCAAGAGCUGUCCCCGAUGCCGAAGCUGCCUGCAAAACUGGACUCCAAAAAAUCCAGGCGCAAAUGUUUCUGGUUCCUUUGACACAUGAUGCUGCCUGAGGCGGAUGCACAGGCCCAUCACCGAGGCAAGAGGACAUGCGUGAGGUCCCCACCGCCAAAGAGACGUUCCAUUGCUGACACACCAAGCACUCUGUUCCUUGCUCUCCCUCUCUCUGAGGCUAGGGUUUGGGUAGCACCAGCUUUUGUAUUCUGACCUCUCCCCUGUUUAACAUACUAAGG